CAGGGACCGAGUUCCCUCAGAGUGAGACAAGCAUGAGACAAAGCGUCGGAUAUGGGCCAGGGGAUCCGGCAGAUGAGCACCGGAUCUUGGCCUGAACCCUAAGGGCUCAUGGGUCCGCUAUGCCCUAAAUGCCUUCUAAGGCUGCGAUCCGUCGUCAGAGGUUGAUGAUACUGAUAAUAGCACGGUGGAACAGCUUCGCAGUGGAGAUUCCCAUUCCACCAAUGAUGGGAUCAUUUCGGCAGCAUGGAAAACAGGCCCACGCUGCCGCCAAGCUCAAGAUCCGAAGCUUAAGUAUGGAGAACCAUGAGGUAUAAAAACUCUCGUUGUCCAGGGCUUUCAGGGAAUUCCUCAUCUUCAAAUCACUGCUUUCAUUCCUUUGCUUUCCUUUUUUUCUGUUGAACAGGCCCCAUACAUUCAUUUAUUCAUUCCUGUACGUUCUGUUGACCAGAACCCAUUCAUUCGCUAUGCAUUUCCAAGCUCUCGGUCUCGUCGCCCUUGGCGCUCUCGCUGCUGCUGCCCCAGCCCCUUCUCGUACCUCUGAAUUGGUUGAGAGGGGUUCCUCUUGCACCUUCACCUCUGCUGAGCAGGCUUCUGCUAGCGCCAAGAGCUGCUCCAACAUCGUCCUCAAGAACAUCGCUGUCCCCGCUGGAAAGACUCUUGACCUGUCCAAGGCCAAGGACGGUGCCACUAUCACCUUCGAGGGCACUACCACCUUCGGCUACAAGGAGUGGAAGGGACCCCUGAUCCGCUUCGGUGGUAAGGACAUCACCAUCACCCAGGCCUCCGGUGCUGUCAUUGACGGCCAGGGCUCCCGCUGGUGGGACGGCAAGGGCACCAACGGUGGAAAGACCAAGCCCAAGUUCAUCUACGCCCACAAGCUCCAGUCCUCGACCAUCAAGGGCUUGCACGUCAAGAACUCCCCCGUCCAGGUCUUCAGUGUCCAGGGCAACGACGUCCACCUGACCGACAUCACCAUCGACAACUCCGAGGGUGACAGCAAGGGAGGCCACAACACCGACGCCUUCGACGUCAGCGAGAGCAACGGUGUCUACAUCACUGGUGCCAACGUCAAGAACCAGGAUGACUGCCUGGCCAUCAACUCUGGCGAGAACAUCGAAUUCACCGGCGCUACCUGCUCCGGCGGCCACGGUAUCUCCAUCGGCUCCAUCGGCGGUCGCGACAACAACGUCGUCAAGAACGUCAAGAUUGCCGACUCCACCGUCGUUGACUCCGACAAUGGUAUCCGCAUCAAGACCAUCUCCGGUGCUACUGGCUCCGUCAGCGGUGUGACCUACGACAACAUCACCCUCAAGAACAUCAAGAAGAAGGGUAUCGUCAUCCAGCAGGACUACAAGAACGGCGGCCCCACCGGCAAGCCCACCACCGGUGUCCCCAUCACUGACCUCACUGUCAACGGUGUUACUGGCUCCGUUGCCAGCAAGGCCACCCCCGUCUACAUCCUCUGCGGCAAGGGCAGCUGCUCUGACUGGACCUGGAAGGGCGUCAGCCUCUCCGGUGGCAAGAAGUCCGAUGAGUGCCAGAACGUUCCUUCCGGCGCUUCUUGCUAAGCGGAUCGUGGGUGAUCACGGGCUGGUCUCUGGUAUAUAGAUCGCCGGGGCGCAGGCCUGGAC